ACGCCGCUCUGAUGACGCACUUCCGGAAGGUGAGGUCAGAUCUUUCCUGUGCCGCCAUUUCGGGUUUGGUGAGGUCGGGAUCAGUUGGAAGUGGCCCGUGUGCUGCUUGAGUGACGACUGGCGGCGUCGGUGGGCGCCUAGAGCCGGCUUGAAGGAAUACCGGGGGAGCGGAGACUAAGGGGGGAGGAAAAGGGCCAUGGCCGGCAAUUUCGACUCCGAGGACCGAGCGAGCUGGUACUGGGGGAGGCAGAACCGACAGGAGGCGGUGAACCUGCUGCAGGGCCAGCGGCACGGGGUGUUCCUGGUACGGGACUCCACCACCAUCCCCGGGGACUACGUGCUUUCCGUCAGCGAGAACUCCAAAGUCUCCCAUUACAUUAUCAACAGCGUCAGCAACAACCGGCAGAGCGGAUUGGGCCAGACCAGGUUUCGGAUAGGGGAUCAAGAGUUUGACUCCUUACCUGCUCUGCUGGAAUUUUAUAAGAUACAUUAUCUGGACACUACCACUUUAAUAGAACCUGUUUCUAAGUCUAAGCAAUCUGGAGUGAUCCAGAAGCAGGAGGAAGCAGAAUAUGUACGGGCUCUUUUUGACUUUAAUGGCAACGAUGAAGAAGAUCUACCAUUUAAGAAAGGAGACAUCUUGAGAAUCCGGGAAAAGCCUGAGGAGCAGUGGUGGAAUGCAGAGGACAACGAAGGAAGACGGGGCAUGAUACCAGUGCCUUAUGUGGAAAAGUACAAGCUUCCCCCAACUUCCGGGUCUGCUCUGAUUGGAGGUAACCAGGAAAAUUCGCAUCCGCAGCCACUGGGUGGGCCGGAGCCAGGGCCCUAUGCUCAGCCCAGUGUCAACACUCCGCUGCCUAACCUCCAGAAUGGGCCCAUUUUUGCCAGGGUUAUCCAGAAGCGAGUCCCCAAUGCCUACGACAAGACAGCCUUGGCUUUGGAGGUUGGUGAACUAGUGAAAGUAACAAAGAUUAACGUGAGUGGUCAGUGGGAAGGCGAGUGUAACGGAAAAUAUGGUCACUUUCCAUUUACACACGUACGUCUGCUGGAUCAACAGAACCCCGAUGAAGACUUCAGCUGAGUGUGACUUGGACCAAUUCCCAAAAUGCGAACAAUCUUGCUCUGUUUCCCUCUUUCUCCAUCUGCCAUUUAGAUUGCCUUCCACAGGUUUCGAGAUGUGUAGCUUAAAAAAAGUAGCAAAUGCCCCAAAACCCUGUCACUUGUGAUCAGGCAGUUCCUAUGAGUUUUGGCAGAGUCAGGGUACAAGCUCGCAUUUUGUUUUUUGAAAGUAGGCAAUAAUGAAACAUCAAAGCAUGGCAAUACCACAUGCAAAUGCAGUGAACUGCACGGUUGCUUAUAGCAAGGCAUUUUAUUUGAACAAGACAUUUUUACAGGGCUUUUGUUCCUUCUCAUUUUGUAUAGUUUUCCAGACCAGAAGUCUCAAGAUCUGACAUUGGACAUCACCAUUUUCUAUAACUGACUUUUAACGUUUCCUUUUGUAAACACUGUACGCCAAUUUAUUUGGCUAAAUUAUGCAUUUUGUGUUUAAGUCAGCUGUAAAUGAAAAUCAAAGAGCUGCUUUGCUAAUUCCAGUAUUAUUUCUUUAAUCCUUAAUAUAAAUUAAAAGCUGAACCUGCAAGGCUUUUUAAAGUGUCAA